GAGUUUUCUUAUGGGAUUUCUAACAACCAUUAAUGAGAAAAUGAAGGAUUAGAUUUAGCUGAAGAAUACUAAUAACUAGUUGCAACAACCUUUGAAAACCUUGUAAUUCUCUGAAACCACACACACCUGCGAGUUCAGGACAACAUGUCUGUUAUUCCAAUAUGCUACAAAAUGCCCUACAGAGAUCAAACUCAACAAGUACAAUGUGUAACAAGACAGAGUGAGAAAGCCUUUAGGAGCGAGAGAGUUUUUAGGACUAUGGCUGAAGGAACUGCUCUGCAGGCCAGGUCAUGUGAUUCCAAAAACCGACGAAGAUCGUUUUCGGGAAUCGAUUCGCAGAGCAGAGUUUGGUGUGCGUCGGAUUCUAACACCAAUGACAAGCAACUGAGUUCUUUGUCGUCUUAUUUUGGAAAACUCAAAGACGACAACAAAAGUUUGAACACUUCAGAAUCUUCCGUACAAAGCAGUACUAAUCAGUUGAGCUCUAAGAAGAGGUUGGAAAUUCUAGAUGCUUAUCUUGACAAGCUUGAUAAAGAUGCAGACUUGGAAGAAGAUAGUGCGAACAUCGUUGAGCCGACGACAUCAUCUUCUUUUGAUGAGGAUUCAGUCAAAGACAGUGCAGUCUCAGAACCGUUCUUUAUUAGUAAAGAAUCCGAAAGAGGCAAAGAAGCUAAAACUACAAGUAACAUGAAUCAAAGAAGUCAAAAUAGUCCAAAGAGCUCUCAAAUGUUGCAACAAGACGACGAAACAUCGGAUCUCUACUUAAUAAGCAUAUUGGCUUCUAUAAACAUCGCUGUUAUUCUGUUUGAAAUAGCAAGUCCAGUUAGAAACUCUGAACUAGAGCUGUCUUCUCUGCCAUUGUUAUAUGGAGCAAAGGUCAAUCAUAUGAUCCUAGUUGGAGAAUGGUGGAGGCUUGUGACGCCAAUGUUUCUGCACUAUGGAUUUUUUCACAUUGCUCUUAGUUGUUGGGUACUUCUCACAUUUGGGCCUAAAGUAUGUAAAGGAUAUGGUUCAUUCACUUUUGUCUUGAUCUACAUUCUUGGAGGAAUCUCUGGCAACUUGAUUAGCUUUCUUCACACACCAGACCCAACUGUUGGUGGGACAGGACCAGUAUAUGCCAUAAUUGGAGCUUGGCUGAUUUAUCAGAACCAAAACAAAGAUGUUAUUGCUAAGGAUGUUUCGGACAGUAUGUACCAAAAGGCGAUAAUCGCUACAGGUCUUGGCUUGAUAUUGAGCCAUUUUUGUCCAAUUGAUGACUGGUCACAUUUUGGAGCAACUUUUACUGGCGUGGCAUAUGGCUUACUUACAUGCCCAACACUUCAACUGGGUGAUGCAGCCUCAAGAACUGGGCAAGAAGAAGGUUUAACACUUGUAAAACGACAAGCUGAUCCUUGCAAAUCCCUGUUCUUAUUCGGUGUCUUUAUUGUCAUUUUAAGCUCUUUAUUCUUCAUUGUCGAACCUCCCUUGAACGAUGUAGUGGCCAAAAGCUUUUUAUAGAUGU